AUGCGAAAUAGAGCCCUAAAGAACCCGACCUUCCCCAUCCACCCUCUCGCCAUAUACCGCCCUGGACACGGCAUUCUCGAACCGAACUUGGCACAGUUUCCUCGAAACGCAAAUGAGUUUUAUGCUCUGAGGAACCCCGAGACUAAUUGGCAUCGGCUUAUGCUGACGUAUCUGGCCGAUUUCUACGACGUUCGUCUUCGAAGUGCGGGCAGCUCGUCUGAUGUGGAUAGCAGCAGCGACGAUGAUAAAGAUGAAAUCAUUCUCGACCACCCUGACCUUGUGGUGGAGAGGUUGGAGGAGACACUUGGCUUGAAUGAAGACAAGAUCAAAAAAUGUGUGGAAACAGCGGCUCUGUUGGCAUCGCGAGCGCCCUCCCAACCCAUCAAGCGGUCGCAAAUCCGUUUCCCGAAAGCGGGGCCUUUCAUGGCUCACGACGACCGAGACUCGAGUCACGCCUCGCCGAUGCCUAUGACCAAGUCUCGCAAUUCCACGAUCCUUUUGGCCCCGAAGCAGUAUGACAGCUUGGACGAGAUCGAGCGCCCGCCGCAGUCACCAAAGCUUUGGGCCAUAAAGUCUCGGGCUCCGUUCCGCCUCUUUGUUUUCUCCGGUGAAGAUGGAACGAACGCACUGACCAUGGCACACCGCAUGCGAGAUGAGCGAGUAAGGUGGUAA